AUGAUUAUCCUUGCCAAUACAACACUGCUUCGCCUUGUCGAAUCAUGGACUUCGCUAGAGGUCUCCCUUGGAGCAAUUGCGCGGUUACGGUCCGUUGUGACUGAGACACCACAGGAGGAAAAUACUGGCGAGCAGAAGUUAACUGCACCCACCAAUUGGCCGGUCGCUGGAAGCAUUGUUGUUCAUGGCCUGGAGGCUUCCUACAGUCCGCCAAACCUUGCUCUCCAGAACAUCCACCUUGAGGUCAAAGCCGGACAGAAGCUUUUAAUAUGCGGUAGGACUGGGAGCGGCAAAAGUACAUUGUUACUCUCCUUCCUUGGUCUGCUGGACCUCCAGCCCGGAUCGAUAAUGGUCGACAAUAUCGACAUCUCCAACAUGUCCCAGACAUAUCUACGCCGCCACUGCUUCAUCACAGUGCCACAAGACCCAUUCACCCUAGCGGCAGCUACUCUUCGUUUCAACCUUGACCCAGAAGGAUUCCUCCCUGAUAGUGUGCUGAUUGAAGUACUGGAAAAUACAGGACUCUGGGAGCAUUUCUGCCAAUCUUCUAAGCUUAACCACUCUAAGUCCUCUGAAAUCGAAGCUCUUCUAGACCGUCCGAUGUCCUCACUCCCACCCCUUUCUGCAGGCCAGCAGCAACUGCUUUCCCUAUCAAGGGCACUUGCUCACAAAAGGGCUGCCACGGCUCAUGGAUAUUCUGAUCUCCAGACACAGCUUUCCGUAGCGGAUCGCAAACCUAUUCUUCUUUUAGAUGAAGCUACGUCCGCCCUAGACCCAGAAACCGAAGCGGUGAUGCAAGAUGUUAUAGAAAAGGAAUUCACCCAGGAAGGAUAUACGGUGAUCAUUGUCGCUCAUAGAAUAGGUGGUAUGCUUAAGUACUUCCGAGACGACAUCGACGCGGUUGUUUGGAUGACUGAAGGGAGGGUUGAGAGAGUUGUGCAUACUCAAGCAGCUGUACGACUUGCGCUGAAGGACGAUAGAGGGGGAGGAUCCAACCGAUGCUCAACAGAUUUACCAUAA